UCCGAGCUCCAUUCAGGCAAUGGUGAAAGACUCGAACGAGAAGAAAACUCUACUCAGAUCGUCGCGUGAGAGGGCGGUUUCUGGUGUUUCCAAACUUUCUAACUUUAGGAAAUUCUUUUUCGGCAUCGGGGGUGCGGCUUCGGUUAUGCCCAACACUGUCCUCGGUUUCUAUCUUCAGAUCUUUCUACUAGAAACGGCAGAACUCUCUCCUGGCUACGCGUCCGUCGUAAUCUUUGUGGGCAAACUGUGGGACGCAGUCACAGACCCGAUGAUUGGCUAUCUGUCGAGCAAAACGAACACAAAAAUGGGCAGGAUGAGACCAUGGUUGUUGUUUUCUGCUUUGCCGAUGGUGGCUGCUUAUGUUGCUAUUUGGAUUGUUCCACCGGGUGGACAAGCGAUUAUGACUGUUUAUUAUACCUUUUUGUAUUGUGGAUAUCAGACUUUUUUAUCAUGUUUUCAUGUGCCUUAUACGGCACUCACUAUGUACUUGAGCAUCGACAGUAAAGAACGAGACUCGGCAACCGCUUUCAGAAUGGUGUCUGAGGUGGUGGGUACUCUCAUUGGUGCCGUAGCCCAAGCGUUGUCCAUAUCCUUAUUUGUCAAGAAACCAUCGGAAUGUGUUGACUAUAAGACUGAACCAGAAGAUUUACUAUCCGCGGAGAAACUUGCGUACCUUGUUGGUGGCAGCAUCGUUGGCUUUCUUAUGCUUGUCUGUGCGUUGUCACCAUUUCUUGGAGUCAAGGAAGUGAAGGACACGGCUGUUCGUCGAGAGCCGUUGAGUUUCUUCAAAGGCUUGCAGUACACGUUUAAGCAGCGAUCGUUUGUGUAUUUGAUGAUGAUCUAUUUAUGUGCUUGGUUGAUGGUCUCGCUUGUGCAGACGAACUUGGCUUUGUAUGUUCAGUAUGUGUUAGAUAUGGAGAGCCAGUUUCAGUAUGUCAUCAUUCUUUUGCUGGUUGUCGUCGUAUUUUCUAUUCCCAUGUGGCAAUUGUUUCUUCUUCGAUUUGGCAAAAAGACGACAUAUGCAACAGGAAUUACAUUGGUAUUGCCAGCUUUGUUUGCAUUCUUGUAUAUUGGUGCCGAUGAUAAUUAUGUUGUGUGGCCGCUUGCUGUCAUUAGUGGCAUCGGAAUUGGAUCAGCUUAUCUUGUUCCUUGGUCAAUGCUGCCUGAUGCUAUAGAUGAGGCUGCAGCUCGAGAUGGCGUGAGACGUGAAUCUCUAUUUUAUGCAUUCUUUGUAUUUUGGCAGAAAUUCUCAACUGGUAUUGCUCUUGCAUUAUCAACUUUGGCUCUCCAAGUAUUUGGCGACUACAAAACGGGGCAAUGCAACCAACCAUUGUCGGUCUCUCUCACUCUGAGACUCCUCAUAUCCACCGGUCCUAUUCUUCUCAUAAUUCUAAGUUUCUAUUUCACAUGGCGAUAUCCAAUAACAGAGACGAAACGAUGGGAAAUCAAGCAAACCCUUGAAAGCAGAAGAAAUGAAAAUGCAACAAAAUCGUAUCAAACGAGUACAAAUAGGACAGCAAGAGGCAAGAAACCGGCUGAGCAGUCGGACGCUGUAGAUGGUGUGACGUCAGACACUAAUGUAGAUACAUCUAGUGAGGUGUCCGGGUUGCCACAUCCUCAAACAUCAUGAUUUGUUUGUAUGAUUUUAUUAUUGUUGUUGUGACAUAUCGGAGCGAUCAAAUGUUUAAUAAAUUGUACCUGAUUUGAUAUCAAUUAUUAUCAUUCUAUGAUUGUAUAUAAUACAAUAA